CAUGCCCCCGCCUUGGCCGGGCUAGACGAGAGCAAGAUGAAGCUAGUCCAGGAUCUCGAAAUUGAAAUGAUGACCGACAUGUACGCGCGUUUGACUAAUGCUUGCCACAAGAAAUGUGUACCGCCUAAGUACCGAGAGCCCGACCUGCAGAAAGGCGAGUCCGUAUGCAUCGAUCGGUGCGUGGCCAAGUACUUGGACGUGCACGAGAAGAUCGGCAAAAAGCUCACCGAAAUCUCCAUGCGCGAUCAAGACUUCCAACAGCGCGUGGGCGCAGGGGGC